GUGGUGUAGUUAGAAAUAAUAAGAUCCAUUAAAAAAUUAUUGUAACAUUGGAGAAAUUAAUGAUGUCACUUAUGUUUAAUAAUCGUUUGUGCACUUGUAUUCACCUGAUGGUCAAGUUUUUGCACUUUACACAAAGUAUAACCAGUUUUAACUAUUCUAUUUUCACAUAAACACAGAAAAUUGAAAAUUUGUAAUAUGCAGUGUGAAAUGUAAAUCUGAAAUUUUAAGAUGUUACAGAAAUUGUUUUUAUUUUUAAUUUGUGUCAACACUUUUGUCUCAAGUCACAUCCUACACUUCUACUAUUGUCGUCCACCAAAUGUGUGCACUGAGAUUCCAAACUGUCCAAACGCAUCGCAAGGCUACAGUUUAUUUACAGCUAAAAGAACAUAUUGUGGCUUUAUUAAAAAUGUACCAAAAAUUUGUUGUGUGCCUGUAGAACCUACAGAGGCGACGGAAAAAAUGUCAGAGAAUAUAACAAACGCACCUCGUGUUUAUAGAGUUAGUGAGGAUUUGGUGAACCAUCAGAAUUUUGACUUUUUGCCUAUGGAUAAGUGUGGUCAAAUUUCUAACGGUCUAAGGAUUACUUCAGGAACAAGAACUAGUCCGGGGGAAUUUCCUUGGAUGGCCUUGAUUGCUUACAAAACAGGGAAUUCUUCUUCUCAACGAGACUUCAGAUGUGGAGGAACUUUAAUAACGGUUCGGUACGUUCUUACAGCCGCACAUUGCAUUGAAAAUACAACCAUAAUGGGAGUUCGCUUAGGUGAAUACAACAUAAUGACAGACCCGGACUGUGACCCCAAUGGGCAAAACUGUGAAUCCCCUGUACAAGAUAUAUCUAUCGACAAGGCCAUAAUCCAUCCAUUUUACGAUCCAACGACAUUUAUAAAUGAUAUUGCCUUGAUCAGACUGGACACACCAGCGAAUUAUAGUUAUGAGAAUGUCAAACCAAUUUGUUUACCAUUCGGUGAGUUGUUGCAUGCCAAGUUGGAGGAGCAAGAAAUGACAGUGGCGGGCUGGGGUGCUACUGAAGAUGGAGCAAAGAGCAUGGUACUCAGAAAAGUAUCAGUACCAGUGAUGGCCCGAGAAGAAUGCCAAAUUCUUUACCACGACCUCAAACCCAUUACCAAAAAGCAAAUUUGUGCUGGUGCAGAUCAUGGCAAAGAUUCUUGUAGUGGAGACAGUGGGAGUCCUCUCAAGCGUAUCGACCUCAUAAACGGGACUCCCCGUUACGUCCAAUACGGAAUUGUCUCUUUCGGACCCACUCAUUGUGGUAUAGGUGGUCGUCCUGGUAUCUACACCAAUGUUCAAAAGUACAUGAAGUGGAUUUUAGAUAAUUUGGAAUACUAUCGUUCGCUAAUGAUAUUCAGUGACGUUAAGAGACUGCAUCAUUUAAAAGAUCUACAAGGACGCCUGAGAGAUCAGUUGGUUUGGAAGUGGUCGGUGGAAAGCAUGGCUUGCGAUCAAGUUUUAUUCAAGUUUUAUGUUUUUGUGUUAAUUCACCUUAUUGUGAUUACCAAAGCGCAAUGGGUGGUGGAAGACGAGGGUUGCACCACACCCGAUGGAGCGUCAGGAACUUGUAUUUCUAUAUACUCAUGCAAAAAUAUCAUGGACGUCUUAGAUAAAGUACCUCAACCUAUCCCAGCACGAAUCACUAACUUACUUAAAUCGUACCAUUGUGGUUUUGAUGGUAGAAAUCCUAAAGUUUGUUGUCCUGCAAAACCUAUAGUGCUUGAUCUCGUAAGUGAAAAGAAGCCUGAUGUAGCAGGACCACCGAAUGUUUCUAGGCAUAAAAAUAUAGGACUUUUGCCUAAAAACUGCGGCUACUUCGAUACAGAUAACAAGAUUGUUAAUGGAAACAAAACUGGAUUGUUUGAAUUUCCUUGGAUGGCUCUGUUGUCAUAUCGAACAGCUCGGGGUCCCCAGUUUAAAUGUGGAGCUACAAUCAUCAACGAAAGAUAUAUCCUUACUGCUGCACAUUGCAUAACAAAUAAUAAAUAUCCACUCAUAGGAGUUCGAGUCGGGGAUCACAACAUCCAGACGCAAAAAGACUGCGAGUUGACAAGUGAGGGUGACUUGGUGUGCGCUCCACCAUAUCAAGACUUGUCCAUAGAAGAAAUUAUUCCUCAUCCUUCUUACGACACUGCGCUUCACACUAACGAUGUGGGGCUCCUUCGAGUCACACGGAUGAAUUUAUCAUUAGAAAACACUAGACCAGUUUGUUUACCACUUGACAAGGCUCGAAAUUAUAAUUUCACCAACAGGAAUUGUGUGGUGACAGGAUGGGGAGUUACAGAAACAGGUCGCAGUAGUCCCGAUUUGUUGAAAGUGCAAAUUCCCAUAGUAUCUCAUGAAGAGUGUAAUAAGUUGUAUCAAGACGUGACUAAAAUUACACACCAACAGUUAUGUGCGGGUGGCAAGACCAAGGGUGACUCUUGUGGGGGGGACAGUGGAGGACCUUUGCAUGUGAUGUCUCUUUUGUACGAUGACACGCGGUUGGUGCAACAAGGGAUUGUCUCUUUUGGUCCUCGGAAUUGCGGGGCAGGAGUAUUGCCGGGGGUUUAUACUAGAGUGGCUUAUUACAUGGACUGGAUCUUAGACAAUAUGAAGUCCUAGGGAGAUAGAGUUGAAGACUGUACCUUGUUAAAUAGACUGCGAUUUUCAUACAAUUGACUUACAAACUUUGCCAAUUUGCUUCGUUGCUAGAUUAUUGAUGAGGUUGUAUUAUGCUUAUUUAUGUUAUGCAUCCUGAAGGAAAUAUAGUUUUUCAAUUUUU